AUGAAAAUCCUUUUUGUGUGUCUUGGGAAUAUUUGUAGAAGUCCAGCAGCAGACGGAGUUAUGAAAAAGUUAGUGAAAAGUCGAGGGUUGAGUGCGAAAUAUAUUAUUGACUCUGCUGGAACAGCUGGAUAUCACUCGGGAGAUCAGCCAGAUUCAAGAAUGAGAGCCGCUGGGUUGGGAAGAGGGUAUACCUUCGACCAUAUCUCGAGACAAGUCAAACAAAGUGAUUUCUCUAACUUCGAUAUUAUUGUGGCAAUGGACGACUCUAACUACUCGGACUUGAUGUAUAACUGCCCAAAAGAAUAUCAAGACAAAAUUCAUAAGAUGGUCGAAUACUGCAAAAAAUCAAAAGACUCCGAAGUGCCAGACCCUUACUACUCGGGCCUAAAAGGGUUCCAAAAAGUUAUAGAUAUGCUCGAAGACGGAUGUAAGAAUCUACUCGAUCAGCUUGAAAAUGCGGGAGACGAAUAA